AUUUGUAUUCAUAAUUAGAAUAUUAACCUACGUAAAAGUUAGUUAUAUGUAUUUUUUUACAGUGAUGAAUGUUUAUCGUGAAACAAACAAAAAUCAAUAUCCAUUACCAGAAUCUCGUGAGACAGAUAUUGAAGCAUUGCAAAAGACCAGAAGUACUGUAUCUAAGGCAUUAAAUUUAGAUGAAGCAAGACUAACUGAUGACAUGCUGGGAAAUGUAUUUGGUGAGCUGAGUCCUGUUUGUGCUGCAGUUGGAGGAGUUUUGGCUAAUGAAAUUGUUAAGGGCAUAUCUAGACGAGGAAAGCCAUUGUGUAAUUUCUUUCUCUUUGAUGGAGACAAUUGUGUUGGAGCUGUUGAAAGUGUUCUUGUAAAAACUAAUAUGUAUUGAAUAUUUUGUCAUGCAAGAACAUUUUUAUAGAUUUUUAUCAUGUAAGUGACAAAACAUUUUGCUUUUUCAUUGUAAUAAAUUUUCAUAUUUGAAUUCAUGAUA